AUGCAAAGACCUACUAUCGUAUCGAGCAAGGAAUCCCUUCGCUCUCCAAGUAUUCCUCUUAUUCGUUUUGAUUUCAAUGAUAAGCCUCGUCGGCCCGAUUUUGAUGAUUCGCCUUACAUCGCACCUAUCUCAUCUCAGCACAACUACAGUUGCGAACGUAGUUCGGAGGAUCUUGUGAAAGAAACUGGUGUCAAUCCUACUGAUGAGGAAAGCAAUCUGGAUCAAAACGCAACGUUGCGGUCAUCAAUGUUGAGCAAUGAUGAAAAGGCUUACUUACGCCUAAUACGUGAUUUCGCUUACGUGCAUCGGGAACCGAACACUCAUGGUUUCCGUACACUGGAAAAUAUUACGAAUUCAUUGCCCCCAAAAAGUAUGGACUAUUGGGUUCAGCUUAUCCAGUCUCAUCUCCAAGAAGUAGAGGUUGACACGUUUCGUAAUACGGUACGACAGCCAUUGUAUUUCAAAAAAAAAACUCCUUAA